GUCUGAACUGUGAACAGUGUGUGCUGUGUUGUUGAUGAUAAUCAGAUAUGAUAUGAUACACAGAUGCUGUAAUUUUAUCGUAGAGGAUAUUUAAAAUUGAUAUAAAUAUACUCGUAUUAGUAUAGAGCAAGUUCCACACUCGUUCUCGAACAAACAUUAUCUAACAUCAUGACUAUGGACGCUAUGUUGAGCCGUCCCUUGAAAGAGGAGGAUCCUGAGAUCUACGACCUCAUCGAGAAAGAGAAGAACAGACAAUGGCGUGGGCUGGAACUGAUUGCCUCAGAGAACUUCACCUCUGCGGCAGUCAUGGAGGCGAAUGGAUCAUGCCUAACCAACAAGUACUCCGAAGGUCUGCCUGGUGCCCGUUACUACGGUGGUAACGAGCACAUUGAUGUGUUGGAGACUCUGUGCCAACGUCGUGCGCUCGAGGCAUUCCGUCUCAGCGCAGAUGACUGGAGCUGCAAUGUACAGCCUUACUCAGGCUCGACCGCCAAUUUCGCGGCUCUGCUGGCCAUGAUGAAGCCCAACGAUCGCCUGAUGGGACUUGACCUGCCCAGUGGGGGCCAUCUGACCCACGGCUACCAAACAGCCAAGAAGAAGAUCUCGUCCACCUCCAUCUUCUGGCAGUCUAUGCCCUACCAGGUGGACCCCGAGACAGGGUAUGUGGACUAUGACCGCCUGGAAGACCACGCGUCGGUGUUCCGCCCCAAUGUGCUGAUUAUGGGCGGCAGUGCAUAUCCACGUGACUGGGACUACAAACGCAUGCGUGCUAUCGCCGACAAGCACGGCGCUUAUCUCAUGAUGGACAUGGCGCACAUCUCUGGCUUGAUUGCUGCGGAGGUGCAGGGCAAUGCCUUUGAUUACUGCGAUGUAGUCACCACCACCACACACAAGACUCUGCGUGGACCACGUGCGGGUAUCAUCUUCUUCCGCAAAGCGCAGAGUGGUGAACGUUUGGCUGAUUUGGAGUCGCGCGUUAACUUCGCGGUGUUCCCCUCCACCCAGGGUGGCCCCCACAACAACACUAUCGCCGGUAUUGCGGUGGCCAUGAAGCAGGCGUGCACGCCCGAGUUCAAACAGUACGCCAAACAGGUCAUUGCUAACAUGCAGGCGUGUGCUGCCAGACUGAGUGAGCUGGGAUAUACCCUUGUCACCGGUGGCACGGACAACCACUGCUGUCUCUGGGAUGUCCGACCUCAGGGUCUCACCGGAUCCAAGCUAGAGAAGCUGUUUGAGCUAAUCAGCGUCACCAUCAACAAGAACAGUGUGCCUAAGGACACGUCUGCUCUGUCGCCUGGAGGUGUGCGUCUGGGUGCGUGUGCCUUGACGUCACGUGGCUUCUUAGAGAGUGACUUUGUUGAGGUGGCUGACCUCCUGCACGAGGCGGUGCAAGCGACUCUCGAGCUGCAGAAACAGACUGGCAAGAAACUGAAGGACUUUGAGGCAGGACUAGCCAACUAUAGCCCUAGUCUCCAGGAGCUCAAAAACAAGGCGGAAGCACUGGCCACCCGCUUCCCAAUGCCUGGAUAUGACUGCAAAGACAUGACUUACAACACCUUGUAGAGAGUUUGGUGUGGUCUUCUGUGCUUCGGUGGUGCAGCGAUCGGUACUAAAGCAUCGCAUGUGCACAUGUGGGCGUGACAAUACGCUUGCUUGGGCAUGCUUGUGCGAUGUCGGUGGCUUUCUCUUUCUUUCUUUGGCUAUGAACCUGUGCACGUAAGAAAGAAGUCAAGUACGUAAGGUAUGACACUGGAAGUGCGGAAUCACAACUGUUCUUCGACCAGGAGUGGAACGUGAUUUGGAAACCCAAAGGCGAAGUAAUUAUUAGACGAUUAAACGAAUGAUUUUUGAAUUGUUUUAAUGCA